AUGAGCUCCCCCGGCGCCGAGAGCGCGGGGAAGAGCCUGCAGUACCGAGUGGACCACCUGCUGAGCGCCGUGGAGAGCGAGCUGCAGGCGGGCAGCGAGAAGGGCGACCCCACGGAGCGCGAGCUGCGCGUGGGCCUCGAGGAGAGUGAGCUGUGGCUGCGCUUCAAGGAGCUCACCAACGAGAUGAUCGUGACCAAGAAUGGCAGGAGAAUGUUCCCGGUGCUGAAGGUGAACGUGUCUGGCCUGGACCCCAAUGCCAUGUACUCCUUCUUGCUGGACUUCGUGGCUGCCGACAACCACCGCUGGAAAUACGUGAACGGAGAGUGGGUCCCGGGGGGCAAGCCCGAGCCGCAGGCGCCCAGCUGUGUCUACAUCCACCCCGACUCGCCCAACUUCGGGGCCCACUGGAUGAAGGCCCCCGUCUCCUUCAGCAAAGUCAAGCUCACCAACAAGCUCAACGGAGGGGGUCAGAUCAUGUUGAACUCCUUGCACAAGUAUGAGCCUCGGGUCCACAUAGUGAGGGUUGGGGGUGCCCAGCGCAUGAUUACCAGCCACUGCUUCCCAGAGACCCAGUUCAUCGCAGUGACCGCUUAUCAGAACGAGGAGAUCACGGCUCUUAAAAUUAAAUACAAUCCAUUUGCAAAAGCUUUCCUUGAUGCAAAGGAAAGAAGUGACCACAAAGAUAUGAUGGAAGAACCUGGAGACAGCCAGCAGUCUGGGUACUCCCAAUCAGGGGGGUGGCUCAUCCCUGGAACCAGCAGCCUGUGCCCACCGGCCACCCCCCACCCUCAGUUCGGAGGGCCCCUCUCACUUCCCUCCACACACGGCUGUGAAAGGUACCCUGCCCUGAGGAACCACCGGCCAUCCCCCUACCCCAGCCCUUACGCACAUCGGAAUAAUUCUCCAACCUAUUCUGACAAUCCGUCUACAUGUCUGUCCAUGCUCCAAUCCCAUGACAGUUGGCCCAGCCUUGGGACGCCUGCCCAUACCAGCAUGCUCCCCAUGAGCCACAGCACCGGCCCACCCACCGGCUCUAGCCAGUACCCCAGCCUGUGGUCUGUGAGCAACGGCACCAUCACUCCCGGGGCUCAGACGGCGGCGAUGUCCAACGGGCUGGGAGCGCAGUUCUUCCGGGGCUCCUCGGCGCACGCUGCGCCUCUCACACACCCGGUCCAGGCCGCCUCCUCCUCGGGAUCCCCGCUGUACGAAGGGGCCCCCACGGCCACAGACAUUCCCGACAGCCAGUACGAUGCCUCGGCCCAAGCCCGCCUCAUAGCCUCGUGGACGCCCGUGUCACCACCUUCCAUGUGA